AUGUCGAUUAUGCAAUACAAUGGUGGCUCUGUUGUAGCCAUGGUAGGAAAGGACUGUGUCGCUAUUGCAGCUGAUAAGCGUCUCGGUGCCCAAUUCAUGACUGUAUCAACCGAAUUCCAAAAGAUGUUCAAAGCUUCCGAAAAGACAUUUAUUGGAUUACCUGGUUUAGCUACUGAUGUGCUGACAUUAGCAGAUCGUUUCAGAUUCAAGACAAAUAUGUACAAAAUGCGUGAAGAGAGAGAAAUGGAGCCCAAAACACUUGCACACAUGGUCUCCUCUACUUUAUAUGAGAAAAGAUUUGGACCUUACUUUGUUGAACCAAUUGUUGCAGGUUUAGGCAAGGACAACAAGCCUUUCAUUUGCGCUAUGGAUUUAAUCGGAUGUAUCAAUUUUGCCAAAGAUUUCGUUGUAAGUGGUACUGCAGGAUCCAAUUUGUACGGUAUGUGUGAAUCGCUUUGGGAGCCUGAUCUUGAGCCCGAGGAUCUCUUUGAGACCAUCUCCCAAGCAUUAUUGAAUGCACAAGACAGAGAUGCUUUGUCAGGUUGGGGCGCUGUGGUUCAUGUCAUUACACCAACCGAAAUCAUUACUCGUACACUCAAAUCCCGCCAGGAUUAA